CCCUCACAAGUCACACCAAAAUGUUUUCAAGAGCUCAACGUUUUGACUAUUACCCCAAACCUGAACGCACAACACCGCAAAGUUGUGACCGUUGCACCAAACACACCCACGAUUUCGUUCGGUCUUCGACUAAGAGAAGAAUCUUAAACAAAUCACUCGACUCGUCUUAUCAAAAAACCCCAAAGAAUUUGUUCGGGAAAAAUGACUUAAAGAAAUCGACAGAAGGUGUCCAAAAACUCAACUCGACUGAAGAAAUUUCGGUGAAGAAAGAAACAAAAGUCCAAGUCCAUCGCUCAAGCCAAAGCUCUUCCGAGGAACUCCAACUGAGCCGAGGUUGGACUCCUGAAGAUCACUACGACAACGUUUACGACACUUGUGGUCCAUCAGAGGACAAAAACAAUUUACUCGAAUAUUUGACCACCAUGGAGAGGAAAAUUGACAAUCAACGGCAAAAAGUUGAAGAAUUGCGACGUCAACUAACUGCGAGUGCCGAUGAAGGGUUCAAUUCCAGUCGAAGUCCAACGCCCCCAAAUGCCAGCAUCCAGGACCGUAUCAGCAACUUGGAGGACAUCAGCAGGUCGUGUGUUAAGGAGACUUUGGACUACAUCACAAUGUCCAACAAGGAGCAAGAGUCCAAAUGCAGAGUGAGGCCGAAAGACCAUGAGGAGUUGGUCGAGUUUUGCACCGAAGUCAUAACUGAAGUUGCGGAGAAGUUGACCAACAAGAAACGCGAGAAAAAAACAUGGAAGAAAAUCAAGGCGUUCUUUGUAGAUUUCAUUUUUAAUUAAUUUUCUUGUACAAUGUUUGUAAAU